GAUCCGACCCGUUGAUCUGAUGACUUCACUGAGUUCACUCUGAUCAGCGACUCUUACGUUCCAAACUACGUAACUCUAAACAGUUCUUUCAUUUUCCUUUCCAAGACCCUCACUUUCACCAAUUCAAAGCCCUAAAAUUCUUCCAUGUCUUCCAAAUGGAUCCAUAUUCUGAACAAAGACUGAGAGACGAGGUCAUCUACCUCCACUCUCUCUGGCGCCAAGGCCCUCCCAGACCAAACCCUAACCGUAGAAACCCCAACCCCAACACAUCAAUUCACCUCCAACCCUCCAGUUCCAGACAAUUCAAGAAGGAAAGACAGAGACCCAGAGGCAAAAGAGGCGGAAAACUCGUAAACAAGCCACCAAAUUCUGACCCACCUCUGGUCUCCGACGUAGAAUGGCCUUGCAAACCCCCCGGCGAAGCCCCGCCGGAAACUUCUUCCGGGUGGCCAAAAUUGAGUCCCAAAUGGACUCCCACGACCCGGUUACCCUCUGCCGAAGAACAAGCCCGAUUUGCUGCGAAUCAAGUGCAUAGAAAGGCUUUGAAAGCUACUCAAGAAUUCUUGACAUGGGCUGCGGAUAGUGAUAAUGAUACUGAUGAGGACAAUGAGAUGGAGGAUGAUUUGAUGGGUGAUGAUGGAUGUGAAGAGUACAAGUUUUUCUUGAAUGUGUUUAAGGAAGAUGGUGAGUUGAAGAGUUACUACGAGAAGAAUUAUGAGAAUGGUGAAUUUUCUUGCUUGGUGUGUGGUGGGGUUGGGCAGAAAGUUGGGAAGAGAUUUAUGAACUGUGUUGCUCUUGUCCAGCAUUCUAAGUCAAUAGCUAAGACGAAGAAGAGGCGGGCGCAUAGAUCUUAUGGGCAGGCAAUUUGUAAAGUUCUUGGUUGGGAUAUUGAUCGGCUGCCCUCCAUUGUUAUGCUGUCGGCUAAAUCUGAACAGUCUCAGGGGAAUGCUGAUCGCGUUGGUAAGGAGUUAAACAAUGUGGAUACUGCAAACGCUGAUGGUGGCGAAGUGGUUAAAUCUGGAGAGUCACAGGGGAAUGUUGAUAAUGGAGGUAAAGAGUUAAACAGUGCUGAUUUCCUAAACUCUAAUGAUGGUGAAGUGGGUAAAUCUGUGCAGGGGAAUGCUGAUAAUGCUGGUGAGGAGAUAAACGACGUAGAUUCUCUAAAUGCGAGUGAUGGUGAAGUGUUUCUGGGGAAGGAAUCUGUGUUGAGUGUAAAUUUAUCCAAUAAUGGUGAAGUGGUUCUGGAGAAGGAAUCUAUGUUGAGUGUAAAUUUAUCCAAUAAUGGUGAAGUGGUUCCGGAGAAAGAAUCUAUGUUGAGUGUGAAUUUGUCCAAUAAUGGUGAAUCGAUGGUUCACAAGAAUUCUUUACCGGUAGAUGAUGCUAGUCAAUGCAUGCAAGCUCUUGACAAGGGGGUUCUAAAUUCAGUGGAAGGAGAUGCAGAGGGAGUGUUUAAUGGAUUGUGCAGGAACCUCUCAAAGACGAUGGUACCUGGUGAGAUGAUUCUUGCCUUCUAGUUAAGUGUGCACCGACUAUUUGUGGUUUUUGAUUUUUGCUGAUGGUAUGCGCUUGUUAUGUUUGCACCAAGUUUCAGGUUUCUUUGAAAGAAGCAUGUGUUUGAAUUUUGAUGGGUACAAAGGAGAUUUUGGUUUCUUUAAUUAGGAUCAUUCCUUUAAGGACAGGCAAGGAAAAAAGCAUACAAGUGAAUUAGGCUUCUCUUUUGCCAGUUAUGAAGAAUGAGAAGCGGGGGAACUUUUCAGCUGUCAAAUUCGUAUGCCAGCCCCUAUUUUUUUUUUUUAAAGUAUUGACUUGUGCAAUCUGCUCUGUGGAUAUUCAAAUCUGUGACACUUCUCUAUAGUAAUGAACAACUGUGUUUCUUAUGUACUCUCUCUCUCUC